CUGAUGUUAGGAACUUACAAGUAUGGCUCUCUGCAAAGUGAUCUGUGUGGCGGCUCUGCUGACUCUUCUGACACAUGAGUCUCACUCUCAACUAAAUGUGUGUGGUCGGCCGACGCUCAACACCAGAAUUGUUGGGGGACAGCCGGCCCCUGAGGGCAGCUGGCCCUGGCAGGCCAGCCUGCAUGUCUCUGGACACAUCUGUGGAGGAUCCCUCAUAAACCGUGAAUGGGUGAUGACUGCUGCUCACUGCUUCCCGACGGAGAGUGAAGCAGACUUGAUUGUGUAUCUCGGUCGCCAAUUUCAAGAAGGAACAAAUGCCAACGAGGUUUCUCGGACGGUAACACAGGUCAUCAAUCAUCCAAACUAUAAUCCUGUAACUGGUGAAAACGACAUCUCCCUCCUGAGGCUGAGUGCAAUAGUGAUUUUCACCAACUUCAUCCAGCCCGUGUGCCUGGCAGCUCCGGACAGCACCUUCUUUGACGGCAUUGACUCCUGGGUCACUGGCUGGGGCAACAUUGGAUCUGGAGUACCCCUUCCUUCCCCACAAGAGCUAAUGGAAGUGGAGGUGCCAAUAGCGGGGAACAGACAGUGUAACUGUGACUAUGGAGUGGGCACAAUCACAGAAAACAUGAUCUGCGCCGGGUUACGAGAAGGAGGAAGGGACUCCUGUCAGGGGGAUUCAGGAGGCCCACUGGUGAGCAAGCAGAACGGUGUGUGGGUCCAGGAGGGAGUUGUGAGUUUUGGAAAUGGUUGUGCUGAGCCUAAUUUCCCAGGAGUGUACACCAGAGUGUCCCAGUAUAAAACGUGGAUAAACAGCCUGGUCACCACUGAACAGCCAGGCUAUGUGACCUUCACAUCCACUGGGACUGACAGUGACCUCAGCGUCACCUGCCCUGGCCUGCCACCACCUCCAACCACCCUCCCUACAACAACAACCACAGCCAAACCUGUGGUCUGUGGCCAAGCCCCAAAGAAUACACGUAUUGCGGGAGGAAACUCUGUGGCGACAGCUGGUAUAUGGCCCUGGAUGGCAAGCCUACAGAAGGGUGGAAGUCAUAUGUGUGGUGGGACUCUGGUGGCUGUUGACUCUGUGUUGAGCAAUGCUGCCUGCUUCUCAAGUUCACCAGAUGCCUCCCAAUGGACCGUUAAGUUGGGCCUCUUGAAUCUGAAUGGAUCUAAUCCUUUUGAGGUGACACUGAAUGUGACCAAUAUCACCCUGAGCAACCUGACUGGAUCUAAUGUAGCCGUGCUUCAGCUGACACCCCAGCCUACCCUGUCUGACUACAUCCAGCCCAUCUGCAUAGACAACGGACUAACCUUUGCUGUGGGCACCACGUGCUGGGCUGCUGGCUGGAGCUCUGAACAAGGAGGUGAUGAACAAGUUCUGCAGGAGAUUCAGACCUCGAUACAAAAUUGUGGGAAUGCAUCAAGUGACACCAUUUGUACCGAAACUUUUACUGUGGAGCAGGGUGAUUCUGGAGGUCCGCUGAUGUGUAAGCUGGGCAGCUCUUGGUUCCAGGCAGCAGUGUUAUCAGCUGAUAACACCACCAGAGCAGCACGAGCAACAGUGAAGCAGUUCACCAAACUGAGUAGGUUUAGCACCUUCCUGUCCAGCACAGUGGGCUUCUUAUCUUCAGCCUCCACCGGCACCGGCACUGGCACUGUCACCGCAGAUGCCACCACAGCUGCCACCAACAUGACCACAGGCAACAGCGGCUCUUCCUCUCACUCCACCUUCUUCUUCUUCUUCUUCCAUCUGCUCGUCUCCUAUCUGAGUCUCCACCUCCUCUUAUAGGACUCAAACGUUAUCUGUGAAUAGUGAUUUACAUGAUGUGAUGAGCACAAAUGAAUGUAAACAGUCUUGACUUUGAGAGACUAUUUAGUUUUGCAGGGCUAAAUCAGGCAUCCAAGGUUCCUAUGGUAACAGUUGUGUUGAUUUUCUCUCACCAGAAAAACAUUUAAAUAUAUAUGUUUCUGGUAAAAUCAUCGGCACAAACAACUAGAUGCUGAGCUGGAGAAAUUUUGCGUCACUGUUAAAUGAACAAAACUAUGGAGCUAGAGCAGUAAAAGGAAGUUUUGGCAUCAAAAAUACAAUUUCUGUUGAAAAAAGAAACAUUGACUCUAAAAAAUCCAAAACAAAAAACAACAUGCAUUUAAAAUCUACAUAUUUUCAAUCCAUGUUUUUUGCUUCAUGUCACUCUUUAUUCAGUGUCAGUUUAAAUGUAGGUUAAAUGUAAAUCACGCUGUCCUUGCCCCCUCCAUGCCGAAAAAAGCACACAGAAAGUUGAAAUUGAAAAAAAAUUUAAAUU